UGCUUCAGCCAAUAGUAGCAGAGCUCCAUCUUAGCUGUACCAGAGGCUGUAUUAAACAGCAGAUCAGCACUGUUCCAGCAUCCUUUCUGAAAAGAGAUCUCCACGUACAGUAGCUGCAGAGGCAGAACCCUCAAGGCGAUUCAAGCAUGGCAACCGUCAAUAUCAGCCGCUGGAAUGAAACCGCAUCGCUCUACCAGAACGUUGGUUUUCAAGUGCAGAAAAUCUACCCUUUCCAUGACAACUGGAACACUGCCUGCUUUGUUAUUCUGGUUAUAUUUAUAUUUACUGUGAUAUGUCUAGUGGUGCUAGCCUUCUUAUAUGAGCUGCUUGACUGCUGCUGCUGUGUGAAAAAUAAAACUGUGAAAGAUUUAGAGAAUGAACCUAAUCCUGUUAGAUCUAUGAUGGACAGCUUCAGGAAACGUGAAACAGAAGUGGUUUAGUGGUGGACUGAACACUGACUCCUGUAUCAAAACAGAUGUUCAACAUGAUAACCUUGCGUCCUAGGACCAAGCAAGCCCAAUCCUGCCUAGCCUUAAAUAUAAUUAUUAGCACUGAGUUGUGGUUUUUUUGGUUUUAUUUAUUUAUUUAUUUAGCUUAAUAGUGGAUAGAAACUUAAAUGGUUCACAAAAUGUUUAAUAAUGGAUGAUCAAUGAUAGCAUUAUGUGGAAAUUGCUUUUUUGUUUGUUUUUGUUUUACAGUUAACUUCUGUUGACUAGAAUUAAUUGAAUACAAUUUUGUU